UCGGCCGCCGACACCCGACACCUCCCGCCCUGGCGGCGGCGGCGGCGGGUGAGUGCGUGCGGUACGGCCGCGCGGGACGGGGCGGGAACCGAGUGAGGCGAGGGAUGCGCGGCGUGGCCUGCGGGAAGCGCUCCCUUCGCUUCUCCCCUCCGGCCUUUGUUCGCUGCCGGAGGGAGCGCGGGGGCAAAAUGGAGGCGAUCCCCCGGCCCUGCCCGCGCUGCCCGCCGGCCUUGGGGUGCCGUACUCCUUCGGGCGGGGUGGGGCGGGACGGGGCAGCCCCGAGGGACGCGCGGCGGCGAAUGCCCCGAGGAGAGCUGAGCUGCACGGUGUAAAGCGUGGCCCCGCGGCGACUUCGGUGAGAGUCGUAGGAGAAAGCACGGAUAAAAAAUGAGUAAAAGAUGGCUCUGCGGCCUGACGGCGCUCCCGGGGCCGCGAAAGUCUCCCGGGUGAGACAGAGGUGCCCCGAGCGCUCCCGGUCCGCCGGGGAUGCAGGUGGGCACCGUCACGGCGAGGGAACUUCAGCCCCUCUGUCUCCUAGGGGUGUGAAUAGUAACUCUGCAUUGAGAAGUUGAAAUCAGACUCUUGUUUUCUAGUUUUUUGUAUUUGCACUUUUAACGUUAUUUGUUCUGGUGUGUUGCGCUGCGGAUGGGUGGUGGGGUUGGAUGAAGGUCGUUGGAGCACAGGCUGGAGGUAGUGGGGAGAAGGGGCUGAAGAGCUGAGGGGAACGUAGAGGUUUGACCAAAGGGGGUGGUGAAGCAGGAGGCUGGGUGCUGAGCACUGAAACUUCACGAGAGUAAGGGUUUGUGGGUACUGCUGGAGGGUGGGCUACAGCUUAAUGCCAGCUGUCUUUUGUGCCCUUUGUACUGAAGGGUUCUUUAUGCCAGGCCUUCGGUGUUGCGUUAGAAUUGCUGUUGUAGCUAAUGUGAUGAUGAACGUGGAGGGAGUACACUGAGAAAAUACAUGCAAUGAUCCCUGAGCCUUUGGACAUUACUUGGAAACUGUUAAGAAGGAGUCAGCAGGAUAUGAGUAUGAGUAGCCAGACAUCCACAGACACCAGCAGAUGCUGUAUAUGCAAAACACAGCAUAACAAUGAAGAUCAACUGGCCAAACUUUUUUUAAAAAAAAAUGCUUACCUUCCUUCAAGUAAUCAAAGAUUUAGUUACAUCCUUUUUAUUUCUUCCAGGCUAGACAUACAGCUGGCUGGUAUGGCUUAGGAAAAAAAAUAAAAAUACUUAGAAAAUCUAUAAAUAAAGUGUGCUAACUUUCUUUGUUUCCUCUUGUUCCACUUGCCUCUUUCUGUCUUUCAGAUAGUUUCUUCCCUUUUCUAGGCUUGGCUCUGCUGCUGACCUCUGGUGUAUCCAUUGGCAAUCUCCUGCCCCUUUGGUUUCCUACCUAAAAUGGUUUCCUGCGUCCUACAGGUGCUCAGCAUGUCUUGGCCGUUCCUGCUCUGCUCACUCUGACCAUGAGCAGCAAUUCUUCCCUCAGCAAUGGGAACGGCCUGAGGAACCUCACCACGCAGGAGGACGGCGCGGUCAGAGUCACUGAAGCCAUUGCUAUAAUCAUCAUUGCCGUUUUCAUCUGUUUGGGCAACCUCAUCAUUGUUGUCACCCUCUAUCGGAAGUCUUACCUUCUCACGCUGAGCAACAAGUUUGUGUUCAGCCUGACCCUCUCCAACUUUCUGCUCUCUGUCCUGGUGCUGCCUUUCGUUGUCACCAGCUCUAUUAGGCGGGAAUGGAUCUUUGGAGUUGUUUGGUGCAAUUUCUCAGCCCUUCUCUACAUGCUCAUCAGCUCAGCCAGCAUGCUUACUCUUGGACUCAUAGCCAUAGACCGGUACUAUGCUGUCCUUUACCCUAUGGUAUACCCAAUGAAGAUUACAGGCAACAGAGCAGUGGUGGCUCUUGUGUAUGUGUGGCUACACUCCCUCAUUGGCUGCCUCCCUCCCCUCUUUGGCUGGUCAUCUUUGGAGUUUGACCAGUUCAAGUGGAUGUGUGUAGCAGCGUGGCACAAAGAGGCUGGUUACACUGCCUUUUGGCAGGUCUGGUGUGCGUUGCUGCCUUUCGUGGUCAUGAUGAUCUGCUAUGGGUUCAUAUUCCGUGUGGCAAGGAUUAAAGCCCGCAAAAUCCACUGUGGCAGUGUUGUCAUUGUGGAGGAGGACUCCCAGAGGAACGGGAGGAAGAACUCCAGCACUUCCACAUCCUCCUCAGGAAGCCGAAGGAAUGCUUUCCAAGGGGUUGUCUACUCUGCCAACCAGUGCAAAGCUUUCAUAACCAUCUUGGUUGUCAUUGGUGCUUUUGUUAUUACGUGGGGACCUUACAUGGUAGUAAUUACAUCAGAGGCACUUUGGGGAAAAAAUAGUAUUUCCCCUGCCUUGGAGACAUUAGCUACGUGGUUGUCCUUUUCCAGUGCCAUUUGCCACCCGUUAAUUUAUGGACUGUGGAACAAAACAGUGCGCAAGGAACUAUUAGGAAUGUGCUUUGGGGACCGGUAUUAUCGUGAGUCGUUUGUUCAGCGGCAUAGGACCUCAAGGUUAUUCAGCAUUUCCAAUAGGAUCACAGAUUUGGGACUAUCCCCUCAUCUCACUGCCCUCAUGGCAGGUGGGCGGACAUUAGGAAACAGCAGCAGCACAGGAGACACAGGUUUCAGCUGUUCACAGGAUUCAGGAACAGACACAAUGCUUCUUGAAGACUAUAGCUCAGAUGGACCUUCUCUUCCACAUUGUGUCUGUCCUCCGCGAAGAAGGAGUUCAGUGACAUUUGAAGAUGAAGUAGAGCAAAUUAAAAGUGGGCUUAGGGAAACUGCAAAGAAUUCUGUUCUUCAUGUAAAAGCUGAUGUUCAUAAAUCUCUGGACAGUUAUGCAUCCAGUUUAGCAAGAGCUAUUGAAGCUGAUGUGAAAAUCAGCUUGUUUGGGGAAGGUGCUUUACCAGGAGCUGUGUUUCCUGUGCGGACUCUGCCAGGAAGCAGUAUGAACACACGGCGUGGCAUCAGGCCCCACGCUAGCCAAAGACUUCAGCUUCAGAGCAUCGAUGAAGGGAAUAUCUGACAGAAGAACCAGAGGGAAGUAACUGAAUGAAACCACUAAGCAGGACCUAUCAUGUCUGUUACUGUUUGAACAGAAACAGGAUACCUCGUUGGGACGUUUUCAGCGUUUUUUGAACACGUGAAUGUCAGUCGAAUUCUGGUACUUGCAUCAGCAUUUUGCAGCAGUAUUUACUUAUUGUUUAGGGUGCUAUUGGACUACUCCUUUUUGCCACAUCUUAAACCUGUCAUGCGGAGCAUAGGAACACAGAGUUUGGUUUUGUCAACCAAAUCAUUAGUCCAUUGAAUCACAUUGUCUCUUUUUGGCCAAAGCUGACACAGAAAUGAAAAGUAUGUGCAGUGUUUAGUAAUUGUAGUGAUCCUUUUCUGAACAUUAGGAUCAUCCAUUUGUACUUGAUAGCUUGAAUGUUCUGAUGAGAGCUUGUACAUUAGUUACUACACGCAGUCUUACUUCCCAAAUAAUAGAGCAUGGAUUUCACUAAGGGACAACAAUUGAGCUUUACAGAGAGCUCAUGUACGUUAUUAUUCUUCUUACCCUUGCUAGCAGAUAUUUCUGGCUGUUUGUCAGAAUGCUAGGUAUGAAACUUAAGUGUAUAUUGCUUCUGCUUUAUGAGACACCGGCUUCUCCAGAUGUAAUGGGUGAAAGCAGAUCAGCGUUGGAAGUAUCACAGAAGUAUUUGAAAAAAACAUCACUGCAGAGUUCUUAGUUUCUCUGAGAACUUCAGCUCUCUUCUGUGCUUUUGCUUUGACUAAAAGAUCACCCUACAGCUGCAGGAAGCUUGACAGGACAUAAAUAAGGUAUUACCACUUUAAUCAUAUAUGCAGGAUUCAUCUUUUCUAUAGAAGGAAAUUCUAUGGGUUAUUUUUUAAUCAUGAGAGAAUGUAGUACUUAAUAGUUACCUCAGUGCAUAUAUUUUUUUUGGAGUUUUAAUUCAUUAAUCUCUAGAAUAAGACCAUUUAGCACUUACGUUGCACCUUGCACAUUCUAAGCACUGUACAGACUUUACCUUGUUAGGCCUGUGUGAGAGGGCUCAUCAGCCUUGCUUGCCAAAGAGGAGGAAUGCAGCAACAGUUGAGCCAGAAAUGAAAGCAGCUGCAAGGGUGGAAAGAUUUGUUAUGAAAAGAGGGAUGAAGUAGAUCUCAUGAGAAUGCCCAGCAUGAGGAACCUCUCUGUGCCUUUCUAGCCUGGACCUUUUCUUCCUUUAGAGAAGUUACUGCCCUGCCUUAAUGUUUAUUUCAAGGAGAUGGAUCAGUAGGAUAUCCAUUUCUUGAGACUGGGUGUCAGUAGCAAAUGGACUUGUGGACCAAGGACCUGUAUUUAUUUCCACUGUCUCUCAUUUUAAGUGUUUUUUGUUUUUUGUUUUUCUUUUUCUUAGAAGUGAUCUGAGCUUUUGCAGCAGAUUCUUUGGAGAUUGGGGGAGGCAGACUGUUUACAUCUAGUCAAAAAAUUAAGUGGAUGGUUGUUAAAUUUUGUCUGCUUGCAACUUUCUCAAAGGUACAGAAACAAAAAAAAAUAAGUUUUGAAGCAGAGCCUCAUCUCUGUACUGAUUUUAGACAUCCUGUUUGUCCAUCUUCUCAACUCAGAAAUACAUUUCAGCACAAGCUUACAUCAGUCUGUGGAUAAAGCAGCUGGUCUUUGAACUAGCCUGAAUCCAUGACAUUCCCACAUAAGAUUUAAUUGCAUGCUUAAAAUUCAGUACAUGGUUUGCUGAUUAAGAAUGGGCUCUUAAAGCAAGAAUACUUAAGCACCAUAAGAUAGCUCUUUGAAUAAUGCAGAAUGAAACAAGCUGUGGACUGGAUGGAGAGCUGAAUGUGCUAAGCAGCAGUGUGUGCGUACACUCCACACUCCUGUAUUUUUUUUUUAAUUUUUUUUUACUUUCUGUGUAUUAGUUAAGUUGGCACUUUGGGGCACUUCAAAACCCAAGUCCCACUGUUUGCUAGGAAAUGCCCUGCAUUGUGGUUAUUAUUGCUGUUAUUAAUACUUGAAUUGCACUUGUUUAUAGUGGUCAGUGCUCCUUAAGGAACGCGCUUCCCUUCAGAGGGCUUGAAGCAUUUUAUCUGCAUCCCUUUUCUUUCAUGUUCCUGCUUCCAAACAAGUUGAGUGAAAGUGUCAGUGAAUGUGGAAAGGGCAAAAGUGGGUGAUGUGAAGUCAGUGCUAGGCCAAAAAUGUUGUGGGUUUUUUUUUUUUUUUUUUUUUUUUAGGAGCAAAAAUUUUCAUGUCACGUGUGAGUGCAGAAAAUCACCUGUGUUUUGUAAAAAGAAUGUUUUUCACAAUAAUACUGAGCCUAAUUCAGUCUUAAGGCAAGUCAGCAAGGCUGCAGCUGUUCACACCAGUACUGAAUUGGGCUCCCAGUGCUCAUUUCACUAAUCCAUUAUUUAGUAUGAACGUUGUUAACAUUUUUGCUAAUCAAAUUGUAGCCUCUCCAUUUUUCUGUUAUUACCAGCAUCGUUCUCUCACUUGCCAUAAGUUAAUGUGGUAAUGCACACAGUUUGUAAAAUUAUAUCCCCCAUCUUAAAUACAGAAGGAAAAAAACAAGUUUCUAACGGUCCAAGAUGUUUGUUUAUACUCCUGUUAAUCUAAACACUCCUUGAACUUGGGGCCAUGCCUGCUGCCCCGGGCAGCCCGUUCCAUGCCCACAGCCCUGUGGUGAGGAACGCGUCCCUGCGCAGGAAGGCUGCGUAGUGAACCCAGAGGUCUCGGCGAGUCAGGAGGCACACCGAGCUUAACGCUAAGACAGCUUUCUCCGGCUGAGAGGAGUAAAUCGAGGUCUCCUUCCUUUAAAUCCUCGCAACCGUGGGCACCCAAGCGAAAAGCAGGCGGCUUUUAGAGGGCUGGAGCGCCUGAGGCGGAACCGGCGGCAGCAGCGGGCAGCCGAGGCGACCGUUGGGCUGUCGGCAGUCCCGCCCCCUGCCCGCGCCAGCCAAUAGCAGUGCCGCUUCCUCGCGCUCUUUCGAAAAAAGGAAGGGAGCGGGUGCGGGGAGGAGUCAGAGCGCAGCGGCGAUUGGCUGCCCCGUCCUGAUCGGGCGGUCCGUCCGCAGGCGCUCGGUAUGAUUGGUCGGUUUGCAGGGAGGG